AUGCCGAGAUAUUCGGGGCUGCAGAGAGACGUCCUGUCUCUCUAUCGACAGUGCUUGAGGGUUGCCCGCACCAAGCCUCAGGAGACGAGGAAGCAUUUUGAGCAAUUCGCAAGACAGGAGUUUGAAAGGAAUCUCGGCAUCGAAAAGCGAGACUUCGGCGCAAUCGAGUACAUGCUGCGCAGGGGCCAGAGACAGCUGGAGAUCUACGAAGACCCCGGCAUUAGAGACAUUCAUCGAUAG